UCUUGCCCGCCCUCUCCUGGUGGGACGCUGGUUUUUGAAUAUCUCCGCCCUUCGAGGAGGGAGGUUGUGGUUGGAAGAACUGCAGGAAAUUCUCGGGGCAGGGUUGCGCAUGAAAGCUACACGGAAGGAGGAGGAGGAGGAGGAGGAGUGGGGAUGUCCAUUCAGGCCUCCCAACUCAAGCUAAAAGAGGAAUCUUGUGCCUACCUCAAACCUGAAGAACAACUGUCCAUCUGGAUCAAGCUAGAAGAGAAACAAUUUCAAACUAGAAAACAGUCUAUCCCUUCAGAUGAAGCAGAAGGCAAGCAAUCUGUCCUGGUCAUUCUAGAAGAGGAAUAAAGCUGGAAGCACCCACUCAUCUCAGGCUGGAAGAGAUCAGGCUAGAAGAUAAGUGAUAUUAUGUCCAGAUCAUUCUAGAAGGAGCUGGUCACCCAAAUCAAGGUAGAAGAACAGCUGACUGUCCAGAACAUGUUAGGAAAGGGGCAUUUGUCCAACUCGAACUAGAAGAGGAGCCAGCCACCCAGAUCAAGCUAGAAGAGAAACCAUCCACCCAGAGCAUGCUGGGAGAGGAGCCAGCCACCCAGAUCAAGCAAGAUGAGGAAUCAUCCAUCUAGAACGUGCUAGAAAUGCGGCCGGACACCCAUAAAAUGCUAGAGGAGCCAGCCACCCAGAUCAAGCUAGAACAGGAGUUGUCUGUCCAGAACAUACUAGAAGAGAAGCUGUCUACCCAGAACAAGCUAGAAGAGGACCCAUCCAUCCAGAGCAUGCUGGAAGAGGAGCCAGUCAUCCAGAGCAAGCAAGAAGAGGAACCACGCAUCCAGAACAUGCUAGAAGAGAAGCAGCCCACUCAGAUCAAGCUGGAAGAAGAAAUGUCAUUCCAGAACAUAUUAGAAGAAGAGCCACCCACCCUGAUCAAGCUAGAAGAGGAACCAUCCCUCCAGAGCAUGCUAGAAGAGGAGCCAGCCACCCAGAUCAAGCAAGAAGAGGAAUCAUCAGUCCAGAACAUGCUAGAACAAAAGCUGCCUGCCCAGAUCAAGUUAGAAGAGGAACAAUUUGUCCAGAACAUGUUAGAAGAGCCAACCACCCAGAUCAAGCUAGAGGAGGAACAAUUUGUCCACAGCAUGCUAGAAGAAGAGCUGUCCUCCCAAAUCAAGCUAGAAGAGGAACCAUAUGUUCUGAAUAUGCUAGAAGAGGAGCCGGCCACCCAGAUCAAGCUAGAAGAGGACUUAUCCAUCCAUAUCAAGCUAGAAGAUGAGCUGUCCACUCUGUUCAAGCAAGAAGAGGAAACAUCCAUGCAGAUCAAGCUAGAGGAUGAGUCAUCUGUCCAGAACAUGGUAGAAGAGGAAUCAUUUGUCCAGGUCAAGCUAGAAGAGGAACCAUCUGUUCAGGAUUUUCAGUACUGUGAGGAAGGAAAUAGAACCUCAGUGGAUUCUCUAGUAGCUGAGAAUUCUGAAGAGAGUCCUUGCUGGUGGGGUGCAGAACAGGUGAGACCUCAAAGGAUGUUGCUGGGUGGACCACAGAGUGAUGUGUCCCUGAUUCCUGAGAUCCGCAAAGGUGAGCAUAAAUCCAUGAAGGAAAAGCAGCUGGCACAGCAAAGUCAAGAAUCUAAUCAGUGCCUGGAAUGUGGAUUGAUAUUUAACAAAGCCACACCAUCCUCUACAAAAAAAGGCCUCGUGUGUAUCGAUUGUGGGGAAAGUUUCCAACAAAAGUCUGAAUUCAUUAGACACCAGCAAGUCCAUAAGGCUAAAAAGCCAUAUGAGUGCUCAGAGUGUAGGAAAAGCAUCCCGCAGAAGGGUCGCCUUCUGAAACAUCAGAGAACCCACUCCAAAGAGAGUCUGCAUCAAUGCUCAGAGUGUGAAAAGAGCUUUCAACAGAAAGAUAAGCUGCUGCAACAUCAGAGAAUCCAUGCAAGAAGAAAACUUUAUAAAUGCCUAGAGUGUGACGCAAGCUACCCACGAGAGAAAUUGCUUAUGGUACAUCAGAGGAGCCAUAUGAAAGUAUUUGGCUGCGCUGAUAGUGGAGACUCUUGCUACCAAGAAGGGUCUCUUUCAGCAGAUCAGAGGACGCACACCAGGGAACAAACUUGUUUGUGUCCCGAGUGUGGAAAAAUGUUCUAUGAUAAUAAAACUAUGAAAAGACAUCUGCUUACACACAGGGAAGAGAAACCCUAUACAUGCUCCAAAUGUGGGAAAAGCUUCCGACGGAAAGAUAACCUGCUGCAACAUCAGAGAAUCCAUGCAAGAAGAAAACUUUAUAAAUGCCUAGAGUGUGACGCAAGCUACCAACGGGAGAAGUUGCUUAUGGUACAUCAGAGGAGCCAUAUGAAAGUAUUUGGCUGCACUGAGAGUGGAGAACCUUGCUACCAAGAAGGGUCUCUUUCAGCAGAUCAGAGGACCCACACCAGGGAGAGAAGUUGCUUGUGUCCUGAGUGUGGAAAAAUGUUCUAUGACAAUAAAACUAUGAAUAGACAUCUGCUUACACACAAGGAAGAGAAACCCUAUACAUGCUCCAAAUGUGGGAAAAACUUCCGACGAAAGAGUGGUCUUCUGACACAUCAAGCAGUGCACACAAAAGAGAAACCUUAUGCAUGUCCUGAUUGUGGGAAAGGUUUCCGCCAUAAGGCAACACUUGUAUCGCACCAAAGAAUUCACACUGGAGAGAAACCCUUUGUGUGUCAUGAGUGUGGACAAGCCUUCCGUGAACGUAGGUCACUCUACAGACACCAAAAAGUACACACUGCACAAGUGUUCUAUGAGUGCCUGGAGUGUAAGAAAGUCUUUCUUCAAGAGAAAUCGUUUUUUAUACAUCAGAGAAUCCACACUGGAGAGAGACCAUACGAGUGUCCUGAAUGUGGAAAAAUGUUCUGUGCCAAAUCAACAAUGAGGAGACACCAGAUAGUCCACUUAACAGAGAAACCGCAUGAAUGUUUAAACUGUGGAAAAAGCUUCCGGAGGAAGCAAAGUCUUCUCAAACAUCAGAAUGUCCACACCAGUAACAAACUCUAUGAGUGUCCUCAGUGCAGAAGAACCUUCAAAUCCAGAGACACAUUAAAUAAGCACCAAAUAAUCCACACAGAAGAGAAUGCCCAGAGUGUGGAAAAACCCUAUCAAUGCCCAGAUUGUGGGAAAAGCUUUCGAUGGAAGGAACAUCUGUCAUCACAUCAGAAAAUCCACAAAGAAGACACGCCCUAUGGAUGCCUGGAGUGUGGAAAAUGCUUUAAACGGAAGUAUUAUCUUGUCUUGCAUCAGAGAACACAUACUGGAGAGAAACCUUAUGAAUGUCCUGAUUGUGAAAAAGCCUUCCGAACAAAAGGUGCAUUGAAUGAGCAUCAGAGCAUCCACACUGGGGAGAAACCAUACCAAUGCCUGGAAUGUGAGAAAAGCUUCCGAAGUAAGGCUCAACUUGGUUCACAUCAGAUAAUCCACAAAAAUGAGGCCCUUUAUGGAUGUCUGGUGUGUGGGAAAGGUUUUCACCGUAGGUGUCUGCUUGUGUCACACCAGAGAAUUCACACCGGAGAAAAACCAUUUGAGUGUCCUGAGUGUGGAAAAACCUUCCAUGACAGAAACAUACUGAAAAGACAUCAGAAAAUCCACACAGGAGAGAAACCCCAUGAAUGUCCCGUGUGUGGCAAAAGUUUCCUACGAAGUUACUGUCUCACUGAACACCAGAGAAUCCACACUGGAGAGAAACCCUUUAAAUGUUUUGAGUGUGGAAAAGCAUUUCGGAAAGGGAAGAUGUUGACUUCACACCACAGACACCACAUAAAAGAAGAAAGUCAUGAGGACUCUGAAUGUGGAAAAAGCUUUCCAAGUAAGAAAAAUCCAAAUACACACCAGCAAAUACACACAGGAGAAAUGCUAAAGAGUGACUCUGAUGUAGAACCUUCCAUGAAUGUUGAGGACUCAGAUGGACUGGAGAGUCCACACAGUGAGGACAGUUUGUCUCUUGCGGGACAACAUCUGUGAAGAAUGAAGAGAGUGUUUAAAAAUCAGAGGAUGAAGAUGGGAAUGAAAUUGGGUAAAGAUGCCAUUAAUGGUGGGCAGGCGGGGGGACUAUUUCUGAUUUAAAAUCUAUCUAAAUUGGGCAAAUAUGAAUGUAGUCUCUGUGAUGUCCCACCCUGAGGUUUUGAGACGUUAGAAUAUCAGCCCACUGCCACCGCUUGAGGACACUUUCAGCCACCACCCUGAUACCUCAAGCCUCUCAGAAUCGCUCUACUGUCCUGGCCUAACAAUUCCUGUCUUCAUGAAGAUAUUAUUGACAAUGAAAUUGCCAGUUCAGAUGUACUACAGCCAAGGAUUUAUUCUUGUUUAAAAUAAAAUACAAUUCUCUCUUCUACACAAAUCUACAAAAGGCAUGCCUACCAACCAGUAGCAGCUACCCUCUAACUCAAGGGUUCUCCAGCUUGGGUUCCCAGAUGUUGCUGAACAACUCCCACCAUCCCCAGCCACAUUGGCUUUUGGGGGUGAUGGGAGAUGUAGUCCAACAUUUGAGGACCCAAGUUUGAGAAACCCUGCUCUGACUUUAAUGCUCCCAGACUCUCUCACCCCAUCUUCAUACGGAAUCCCCACUGUCCAAUCACAACAGUCCUUUUGCUGCUUGUACUACAAUCAGUACAAAACCUGCAGUUUAACUUCAUAUCUUACACAAAAUAUUUUGCUAAUUGCAAUUCUAAAACACCAUUUUGUCACAGUCUCCAGGUCUGUUUUUAGAUGAGUUCUUGUAUUUAGUUUUAAGGUUUCUGUGCUUUGUAUAUUGGCGUGGUUUUUCUCUCUUUUAACACGUGAGCCCUGUGAAAUUCCUCACAAGACUAUGAGAUAAGGGGCUGAAAAACAAAAUAAAGAAAUAAU